AUGAUAGGUGUUUUAUUUUUAAGAUUGAAUCACCUUUCAAAUCUGGAAGACAAAAGACUUUUUACCCUAAUCCUUGCUGCAGUAUUUCCAAGUAACAGUGGAGAUAGAUUUACCCUUUCUAAACUAUUAGCUGUAAUUUUAAGCAUUGGAGGUGUUGUACUGGUAAACCUGUCAGGGUGUGAAAAAUCUGCUGGAAGAGAUACAAUAGGUUCCAUUUGGUCUCUUGCUGGAGCCAUGCUCUAUGCUGUCUAUAUUGUUAUGAUUAAGAGAAAAGUAGAUAGAGAAGACAAGUUGGAUAUUCCAAUGUUCUUUGGUUUUGUAGGUUUGUUUAAUCUGCUGCUCUUAUGGCCAGGUUUCUUUUUACUUCAUUAUACUGGAUUUGAGGACUUCGAGUUUCCCAAUAAAGUAGUAUUAAUGUGCAUUAUCAUUAAUGGCCUUAUUGGAACAGUACUCUCAGAGUUCCUGUGGUUGUGGGGCUGCUUUCUUACCUCAUCAUUGAUAGGCACACUUGCACUAAGCCUUACAAUACCUCUGUCCAUAAUAGCUGACAUGUGUAUGCAAAAGGUGCAGUUUUCUUGGUUAUUUUUUGCAGGAGCUAUCCCUGUAUUUUUUUCAUUUUUUAUUGUAACUCUCCUAUGCCAUUAUAAUAAUUGGGAUCCUGUGAUGUUGGGAAUCAGAAGAAUAUUUGCUUUUAUAUGCAGAAAACAUCGAAUUCAGAGAGUUCCAGAAGACAGCGAACAGUGUGAGAGUCUCAUCUCUAUGCACAGUGUUUCUCAGGAGGAUGGAGCUAGUUAGCUGUUUGUUGUCUGUAGCCCAGCUUGAUAAUGGAACUAUACAGCGAAGAGACAAUCUCUGGCAAGUUUUUGUAGAAAAAAUGUUUCAGUGCCUAGUCUGAAAAAUAACAGUUUCAGUUCUUUGAAACUCUAAAAUAUAUUUUUCUCAUACCUGUUUUCUUCAUUUUCAUAAUGAAGCACUUUGCUAUGUAGCUGUGUACAUAUCACUACAGUUAUAGGAAGUUUCAGUCUACAGUCCAUCCAAAGGACCAACCUGCCUUACACAUCUCAAGGAAUUCAGCUGUUGAAAUCAUUUGAACUAAUCAAGGAAUAAAUCCUAAUGUUCUGGGACUUUAUUUUCACAUGUUAAAUGCUGGAAUAUAUUAUGAAAAUGUUUUCAAGAAAUCACUUAAGUGUUCAUAGACCAGUAUUUCGGACAGGUAAAAUGCUAAAAUAAGCUACCUGUAAUGAGUGUGGAUUAUAUUUUUGGGUUUUGUAGAAUAUUGCAAAUUAACUACACAAAAAAUGUUUAAUUUAUGCAACAAGCAUGUUUGUGUAAAUUUCAUGGGACUUUAAAAAGAAUAAGUAUUUGAGAAAAUAUCUGGUUCACUUACACUACAUUUACUGUAUUAUUCUUUUAUAGCAUUAGGUGCCUUGUAUUUUAAAUCUGUGACAAACCGUGGCAAAUUUUUAAAGGGGAAGUAUUAUUAUAAAAUGAAGAAAUAUGUAUUUCUAAAGGCUAUAUUGCUGUAAACUUAAUUGAUAAAGCUCUGUUUAAUUUAGAGUUUUGAAGAAAUAGUCUCCCUUCAAUUAAGAAAUUUUCAUAAUGGAAUGAUUUAAAUUGAAGUGACAAAGAGUAUUAUUAAAAUACAAUGUUUAUACGUGUA